GUUCUUGCAUGUGGCGAGAGAGAGAGAGACCCAUUCUCAAAUUCGUAAAAGCGCGUGCACAACCAUAAGGAAGGAAGAUGCGAGCUCUAGGGAGCUGCAUUCUCAUUGACUGUUCCAUCUCCCUGUCAGUGGCAGCAACAUUAGCAGUGCCGAGGCGGUGGCAGCACUGAGAGAGAGAGAGACAGAGAGAGAGAGGAACGCAACACACAGACUCCGCCUAACUUUACCACGGUCCAACAUCACCGAGCCCGUGUCCGGUGGCGCGAGGGCAUCACAGCUCAAAGCCAGUCCAUCCAGAGGGUCCCUCAGCUUGCUUGUGUCAUCUAUUGGCGUGGAGAUGGGCUUCCCGUAAAACCGGCGGUGGUGGAGGGGAGAGGCGGGCCGGCGGGGGGUGGGGGGGAGAAGCGAGAGACUAGAGAGUGAGGAGGUGGACAAAAAAAGCCGAGGAGGACGAGAAACAAAAGCACAACCGUGGGUGCCUGCAACAACCAUGAGCAGCGGCGGCUUGCCCUAUUCACCAGAGCUGCUGCUCUACCCGUUGACUAUGUCGUGAGGUGUGGCUCGCAACGCUAAGCAGCAGGGAUUCUGUCAGUCGAAACGACAGUAGCAAGCCAAGGAGGGGUGCUGCUGGUGGAAAAGAUGUCGUCCGCCUCGGUGGGGCCCCAGGGCGGCCCUCGCCCACCCACCGCGCCGCCGACCGUCCCCGAACUGCCGGACCUCAGCCAUCUCACCGAGGAGGAAAGGAAAAUAAUCAUGGCCGUGAUGGAUCGGCAGAAGGAGGAAGAGGAGAAAGAGGAAGCCGUGUUAAAGACGCUGCACCAGCAGUUUGAGAGUUAUAAGGAGCAGGUGCGUCGCAUCGGCGUGGAGACGCGGCGCCAGCAGCAGGGCCAGCACAAGGACGACGCCCCCACCUGCGGCAUCUGCCGCAAGACCAAGUUCGCCGACGGCUGCGGACACCACUGCUCCUACUGCCAGACCAAAUUCUGCGCCCGCUGCGGCGGACGCGUCUCCCUGCGCUCCAACAAUGAGGACAAAGUGUGUCUCAUAGUGAAGGACAGGGUAAUGUGGGUAUGCAACCUGUGCCGUAAGCAACAGGAGAUCCUCACCAAAUCGGGAGAAUGGUUUUCGGGGCCGGGGGCGAGGCAGAUGAGCCUGGAUGGCGGCCUGAACGCCCCGUCCACGGGGGGUGACACCCAACGGGGGGACAGGAAGCUACUCCGCUCCAGGUCCCAGGCCCCGCCCUCUUCCAGCGGUAACGCAGGGGCGGCGCCCGACGGAACGCCUCAGCCGCCAACGGUACCAGCCAAAGGAGCGUUGGACACCAUGCCGGCGUCACGCGCUCGGAGCGAACCACCACGAGACAAGAAAAGACCUGUGUCCCUCCAUGAGCAGAACGGUAAGCCCGGUGGUCUGGGUCGUGGUAGAGGAGGCCGGGGACCCCCGGGGAAGCUUCAGACCGUGGCCUCCCAGGAGGAGUUCUGCGGUCCUGGGGACAUAGACUGGCGGGACGGUCGGCACCUGGAGAAGGUCCACUCCCAUGACUACCCCGACGGCGGCGACCAAGGAAAUCGCCCCGACCUCCGCAGACGCCCCCCGGAGGAGGAUGAGCAGGAGCGCAAGCGGCGCCAGGAGGAGGAGUUCCAGACACGUUACCGCAGCGACCCCAACCUGGCGCGCUACCCGGUCAAGCCGCAGAAGGAGGAGCAGGAGAUGCGCAUGCACGCCAAGGUGUCGAAGGUGCGCCACGAGCGGCGCCACAGCAACAACGCCAUCAAUGAGGUGGGGCUGGAGGGCGGGGGAGGAGGGGGAGGGAACAUGGGGGAUGUGCCUGAGAAUCGUCUCCGG